AUGCAAGUUUAUGAGACUGGUCCAAAGACGCACGCCAAGACAUUGCGCACUUCGAAAGCUGAAGGCUGGAGAAAGGCAAUGCUCGAGGAGAUCCUGGCUCUCAAAAAUAACGGCGUCUGGAAUGUGAUCAAGCAACCGAUUAGGGCCAACCUGUUGCACAGUAAGUGGGUAUUUAAGACCAAAACGGAUGCGAAUGUCGCGGUGGAGCGUCUGAAGGUGCGUCUAGUCACAUGCGGGAAUGAGCAACGUUUUGGCAUUGACUGCGCGCUCACUUUCCCUGCCGCCAUGGAUGUGUCGAUGGUAAAGGUAAUGCAUCGACGUGGGGGGGCGGCAAAGCAUGGUGACAUUCCGAACACCCACGUCAAGGCUGACAAGGAGAAAAACCUCAAUUUCCUGCUUCAUGUGCCGAGUGGUUUGGACAUCAAAGCUAAACAACUCAACGAAGAAGCGCUCGAACUGAAAAAUAGCCUCAACAAGAGCCACAGCGGUCGACCGAUUCUUCGUUUCAAUGGCUUUGCUUCCAAUCAAGAUCUCGGUUCAGUGUCGAAGUUUCUCGGUGGAAAAAUGACGGCACGCGAUGCACAUGCACAUGCUCUCGAUCAGGAGGAGGCUAUAUUCGAGCUGUCGCAUGAGCAUGGUAUGGCAUCGGCAAACCCUACGUGGACACCACUUAGUGACGACUGCUACGAAGAUGUCCUAUCCUGCUAUAUUGCGUUUGCAGCUCACAAAGCCACGCAACAGACACAUGCGUCGUGUGUACGAGACUGGAAAUUGGCAAAGAGGAUUGCGCACUACCUCAGUGAAAGAAAAGUGAUACGGCUUGAAAUGCGCGGUAAUGCCGACUGCAACGGAUCAAUGACGCUUGAGUCUUACAGUGAUGCCGACUUUGCUGCUGAUAAGGGAGACAGGAAGUCGCUCACUGGUGGUAUCGUUCUACUAAGUGGGAUGCCUGUAAGAUGGGCAGCGAAGAAACAGGGUGGUAUCUCUCUCUCGACUAUGGAAGCCGAAUUUGUCGCAGCAUUUGAGACAGCUCGCGAGCUCCUCCGUAUUCAAGAGAUGAUUAAAGAGGUGGGACUCGCCCUGGUUCAGCCUAAGCUGAUGCACGUGAGUAACCAAGCCGCGAUUCGUCAGAUCGAAGGAAAGACUUCGUCCAUAAAAGCUUAA